AUGAGCAGUGAUUCCAAUAAGAAAUACAAAAGGCCGAAACAAAAUACGUUAGCAACUACAAAUCCAGGAACUUCAAGACCAAGAAAUAGGCGAAAUGAUGCCGUGAAAAAGCAACAACCACUAUGUGCAUUAUUAGCCAAAGACUCGGAGUGGGUAGACAUUCUGCAGUCACCUCAAACAGAUGCUGCAAGGUCGUCUACCAAUGUGUCCGACGAGGAGGAAGUACUACAACUUGUAGAAUGUGAAGAUGGCCCUCAAAUGAAACCACUUGCUAUUAUGUUUCCGGGGUUGCUCGACAAAGAUCCUAAAACACUUCAAGGGAUGCUGACUAAGGCUAUGUCUACAACUGAAGUAACAAGACAUUUGGUGGACCUUGGACAAAAAGCUAAUUUCAACUUUAUGAAAAAGGCAGAUCGCUUAAUUCCCCCAGAUAAGCAAUGGAUGGAAAGUUUGACUGAAAACAGCAAUUCAUAUUGUUCCAUAAACUCUGGGCUACUUAGCAACUGUAUAUCAAGUGACUAUGAAGCAGAUAAUGAAAUAGCCGAUGGAGAAUGGAGUAAGAAUAAAAUAAAGAAGAGAAGAAAGCACAUUGGAAGCACUAAUCAAUCAACUCCGGAAGAAUUGAGUUCACACGACAUUAUUAACACAGGAUACUAUUUUAAGUAAG